AUGAACGUCGGUGACCUACACAAGGUUUGGGAAAUCAAAGCUCUGAAGAGAAAGCCAGGAGAAGAACAAGCUCACAAGAUGUUGGAGAAGAUUGCCAAACAAGUUCAGCCUAUCAUGCAUAAACACAAAUGGAGGGUCAAACUUCUCUCUGAGUUCUACCCAAACAAUCCAUCUCUUCUAGGGUUGAAUGUUGGAGCUGGUAUUCAGGUUAAGUUGCGGCUACGGAGGCCAAACAGGGAUACGGACUUUUACCCAUAUGAUCAAGUUUUAGAUACGAUGCUUCAUGAGCUUUGUCAUAAUGCGCAUGGUCCUCAUAAUAGCAGCUUCUAUAAGCUUUGGGAUGAACUUAGAAAGGAAUGUGAAGAGUUGAUGUCUAAGGGGAUAACUGGCUCUGGAGAAGGGUUUGAUCUCCCAGGAAGGCGCUUGGGUGGUUAUUCUCGUCAACCUCCACUCUCAUCUCUACGUAAAACUGCACUUUCAGCUGCAGAAAAGAGAUCAAAGUUGGGAUCUCUUCUUCCAUCUGGACCAAAUCGUAUUGGUGGUGAUAGUGUUAUAAUGAAGGCACUUACUCCGGUACAAGCAGCUGCGAUGGCUGCAGAAAGGAGAUUACAGGAUGACUUAUGGUGUGGUUCCCAAUCAUGUGAUCCUUCAGAUCAUGGAGAUAGUAACUAUGAAUCUGCUGAAAACCAUCUAAAUAAGCAGAUGGUUGUGGGAAGCUCAAAACCAACUGAAAAUUCUACUCUAGCAUUGGAUCCGACAUCUCGAAAAAGAAGCCGUGGCAAGGAUUCAAGUUUACCACUUCAUUCAUCUAGUAAUCAUACAUUUGUUGAUUUGACCAUGGAUACACCAAAAAAGGGAUGUGUCGAUGAAAAUCAGACUGGGUCUCAACGAAGAAGUUUUGGAUUAGAAUUCAUUCCAUAUUCUCAAUCGAGUUCUCAAGCUGGAUCUACUUCAAAUUUAUCAACUUCAUCUGGGUCACUAUCUGGUGAUAAUAGAACACUUCAUUCUGAAGAAAAUGCAAUGUGGCAGUGUCUGACAUGCACUCUGUUAAAUAAAUCAUUAGCCCCUAUAUGUGAAUUGUGUGGCACACAACAGCCGAGAGAUGUUACUACCAAGCACAACACUUGGUCUUGUAAAUUUUGCACGUUGGAGAACAGUGCGAAGUUGGAGAGAUGCUCAGCCUGUGACCAGUGGAGAUACUCUAAUGGCCCCAAUCUUGGCCCUUGA